CGGAAACACCCAAUCUAUGGCUUCCCUUCCGUUUUCGCGUGGUUCUUUUGCUAGAAAAAAUUUGAAUUAUACUGAUGAUACAACUAAAGGCUAUCCAAGAAAUGCUCUGGAUUCUCUGGAGUUUGAAUGUUUCCAGUAUUGGAACCCCACCGAGUAGGACUGAUCAGGUCUUACAGUUCUAAAACCAUGACCUGUUUUCAGGAAUUAGUGACAUUCAGGGAUGUGGCCAUAGACUUCUCUCAGCAGGAGUGGGAAUACCUGGACCCUAAUCAGAGGGACUUAUACAGGGAUGUGAUGUUGGAGAACUACAGAAACUUGGUCUCACUGGGAGGACAUUCCAUUUCUAAACCAGUUGUGGUGGACUUACUGGAGCGAGGAAAAGAGCCCUGGAUGAUUUUGAGGGAAGAAACACAGUUCACAGAUUUGGAUUUACAGUGUGAGAUAAUCAGCUACAUAGAAGUACCCACUUAUGAAACAGGUACAUCCUCUACACAACUUCAGAGCAUAUAUAAGAGAGAGAAACUCUAUGAAUGUAAGAAAUGUCAGAAGAAAUUCAGUAGUGGUUAUCAACUUAUUCUACAUCACAAGUUUCAUGUUAUUGAGCGACCCUAUGAAUGCAAAGAGUGUGGGGAGAACUUUCGUAGUGGUUAUCAACUUACUCUCCAUCAAAGAUUUCAUACUGGUGAGAAACCCUAUGAAUGUACAGAAUGUGGGAAGAACUUUAAAAGUGGUUAUCAGCUGACUGUGCAUCAGAGAUUUCAUACUGGUGAGAAAACCUAUGAAUGUAGGCAGUGUGGGAAGGCCUUUAUAUAUGCCUCACACAUUGCUCAACAUGAGAGAAUUCACACUGGUGGGAAGCCUUAUGAAUGUCAGGAGUGUGGGAAGGCCUUUAGUCAAGGUGGACACCUUAGAAUUCAUCAGAGAGUUCAUACUGGCGAAAAACCAUAUAAAUGUAAGGAAUGUGGGAAGACUUUUAGUAGGCGCUCAAAUCUUGUUGAACAUGGGCAGAUUCAUACUGAUGAGAAGCCAUACGUAUGUGAGAAAUGUGGAAAAGCCUUUAGAAGAGGUCACCAACUUACUGUACAUCAGAGUGUUCACACUGGUAAAAAGCCAUAUGAGUGUAAAGAAUGUGGGAAGGGCUAUACAACUGCCUCAUACUUUCUUCUACAUCAGAGAAUUCACAGAGGUGGAAAACCCUAUGAAUGUAAGGAGUGUAAGAAAACCUUUACUUUGUAUAGAAAUCUUACUCGGCAUCAGAAUAUCCAUACUGGUGAGAAACUUUUUGAAUGCAAGCAAUGUGGGAAGACCUAUACUACUGGUUCAAAACUCUUUCAACAUCAGAAAACUCAUACUGGCGAGAAACCCUAUGAAUGCAAGGAAUGUGGAAAGGCCUUUAGCUUGUAUGGCUACCUUAAACAACAUCAGAAAAUUCAUACUGGCAUGAAACACUUUGAAUGUAAGGAGUGUAAGAAAACCUUUACUUUGUAUAGAAAUCUGACUCGACAUCAGAAUAUUCACACUGGUAAGAAACUUUUUGAAUGUCAGGAAUGUGGGAAGGCCUAUAGUACUGGCUCAAACCUUAUACAGCAUCAGAAAACUCAUACUGGUGAGAAACCCUAUGAAUGUAAGGAAUGUGGAAAGACCUUUAGCUUGCAUGGAUAUCUUAAUCAACAUCAGAAAAUUCAUACUGGUGUGAAACCCUAUGAAUGUAAGGUAUGUAGAAAAACCUUUACUUUCUAUAGAAAUCUUACUCUACAUCAAAGUAUUCAUACUGAUGAGAAACCUUUUGAAUGUAAGGAAUGUGGGAAGACCUUUAGACGUAGUUCACACCUUACUGCACAUCAGAGCAUUCAUGCUGAUAAAAAACCGUAUGAAUGUAAAGAAUGUGGAAAGGCCUUUAAAAUGUAUGGCUACCUUACACAACAUCAGAAAAUUCAUACUGGUGGAAAACCUUAUGAAUGUAAAGAAUGUGGGAAGGCUUUCAGUCGUGUUUCAAACCUUGUUCAACAUGAGAGAAUUCAUACUGGUGAGAAACCCUAUGUGUGUAAGCAGUGUGGGAAAACCUUCAGGUAUGGUUCAGCCCUUAAAGCCCAUCAGGGAAUUCACAGGAGCACAAAAGUCUAAGACCAUAAAGAGUACGAGCUCACCAUUCAUCAUCAGACAGUCCACACUGGUGAGAAAUGAUGGAAUGUUAGUCUUACAGGUAUGGCUUUAGCAAUUGAGAGAGUUCAAAAUGCAGUUCUUGCCACAUUAGAAAGCAUUCAAUGUCGAUGUUUUAAUGGAACAUCUGACUAUUCAAUGGUAAAUUAA